AUGGCUCCUAUUACCCUGUACAUUACAUUCCUAGUAGUCACCCAUGUAAUUCAACACUUCCCAUGCUUCAUAAUCAAAUUAUUCUUUGUUACCGCUGCUGGGAAUUAUGGGGGAUUGGGGGUAACCUUGUAUCUUGGUGGGGAUGUGUUUGGUGUACCCUCCCGUCAAUUGUCAAUUUCUUCGAGGAAUGGGAAUCUUUUGCUAGAGGAAAAGCCCAUCGAAAACCAUGCAGAAGACAGGACCUGGGUAGAUUCUGAGCAAGACAGAGCAAAUCAAAGCAACAGGUCAUCAGGACUGCAAAAGCAACUGAUUCUUCAGGCUAACUUCUGUCAGAAAUCCCUUACCAUCCGCCCAUCACUACACCAAAAGCAUGCUAAAAGAUCUCGGCACAGCCAACAAUGCAAGAUGAAGUUGGCAAUUGCUAAUGCCAAAGAAAAUCUUCAUGUUGGGAGAGCCCUAACGGAAGGAGAUAGCAUUUCUCGUUGA